GCUCCCCGCCUUUAUAAGAGCCCUUCCCCAGCCACGCGAUCCCCCACCCACACAAACCGCACCUCACCUCCAUUGACCAGACGGCGGCGCUCACCUCCUCCUCCCCGGUCCUCCCAAUCGGCCUGCUGGCUUCCCUUCGUCUUCCCCGAUACUGAUCCUCGUCACUCAUGUCUGCUGAACUCGCCGGAGGACACCCUUAUUUCCUCUCGUGCUACUUCUGGUUCAUAUAUUGCAUAAAAUUCCGAGAUUUCACUUGAUACAAGUGGAACACCAGGAGUUUUGUGCUAAUUCUUCCUACCAUGUGAAUCAGUUGUAGCUGGUGAAUUUGGCAAGACUCAAGUUCUCUCAUCUAAGUUCAGAAACAUCCUUCGGUUGAGUGCUUGGUCUCCUGCUUCCCUUGAGUCUUGCCAACCGUAGUUUUCCUCAUCAAUCUCGCUCUGUGACUUGACCACCAUCUCUUUUGGUCUUGUCAUCUCGCUCUGUGACUUGACCACCAUCUCUUUUGGUCUUGUCAAUCUUGUGACACGUCCUUCUGAAGGCUUGUCUUGAGGUUGGAUUGUCCUGCUCUCUGCUCGAACAGUCUUCUGAAGCCCUUGCUGCAUUCCGUGCUCACUUUUGGAAGCAGCUCUCUUCUGCACUGCUUCGCUGAUUUGUGCACUUGGAUUCCCUUGUCUGUGCACUCAAGCUUUUUCUUCCUGGUCAACUAGUGAUCUCCUAGAAGCAUUUCUGCUUUUGUUUUGAGAUCUAUCUAUAUUCCUGUUGGUGCUAAAGGCAAGACAGGCACUAGGGUGAUGGCGCAAACUAGCCUGCCUCCUGGUUUUCGUUUCCACCCAACAGAUGUUGAGCUUGUUUCCUACUACUUGAAGAGGAAGAUUAUGGGAAAGAAACUUAUUGUAGAUGCUAUAUCAGAGGUUGAUCUGUACAAGUUUCCUCCAUGGGACCUCCCUGACAAGUCCUCUCUUCGAAGCAAAGAUCUUGAAUGGUUCUUCUUUUGCCCUCGUGACAAGAAAUAUCCUAAUGGGUCUAGGACAAACCGUGCCACUCCAAAUGGUUACUGGAAGACUAGUGGAAAAGAUAGAACGAUUAUGCUUAACUCUCGCGUUGUCGGGAUGAAGAAAACAUUGAUAUUUCAUGAAGGCAAGGCCCCUAAAGGUGACAGAACUGAUUGGGUGAUGUAUGAAUACAAAAUGGAAGAUGAGGAUUUGGUUUCUGCUGGUUUCUCAAAGGAUGCAUUUGUUCUCUGCAAAAUUUUCAAGAAAAGUGGCCUUGGUCCAAGGAUUGGGGAGCAGUAUGGGGCACCAUUUAACGAAGCAGAAUGGGAUAAUGCAGAAGCAGAAACUUCUAUGUUUCCUUUGAUGACAUCUUCAGAGGUAGUGAACCCAAUGGAUGGCCCACACGCUCAACAUGCUGUCCCGGCAGGUACUGCUCGCGAACCACCUCUACAGAAUACAUCUGUUGCUUGUGUUGGAGAGGAAUCAUCAUUUGAUCAUGCCACGGGAACUACUUCCGUCGAGGAUUUAACAUUUGGCUGUGCUAUUGCCGGCACUGCUAUCCAAGAUAUACCUGCUCAGCAGUCCGUAGAUGGUGUGGUUUCUGGGAUCAACACAUCCAAUGGGGUCAACGAUAUGUACGGUCCUCCUGAUUGUGAUGGAUUUCUUUUGGAGGAGCUGUCUAGAUUUCUGAAUGAUUCUCCUCUUCGCGACACUACUCUUGGAGAGAGCUCUGGUCUUCCACCGAUGUCUGAAGCCGAGGCUCACGCUUUUGAAGUUAACACUUUUGGCCUCUACAAUGAAUUGUCCGGGAUUGCUGGGUUAGAAGGCGUGCCAAACAACUUUAGUGCCAGCAAUGUGGCCGCCACAGAUUACAUGGCCCUGCCGCCUGAUAGAGAACUUUCUACUGAUGAUUUUAUAGAACUGAAUGAUCUCCUUGCUUCUGAUCCAAGCUUUCCCAGUGAAUUUCCUGCACAAAACAGUCAAUUUAUGCAGUAUCCUCCAGCUCAGCCCACGUACAAUGGACAUUAUGAUAUAGCUGCUCUGUCAGGUUCUAUGGAACCAACAAUGCCUACCAAUUUCAAUGUUUUUCCUCCUGAUAACGGUGGUUUCACUGCAGACGAGGCAACCAACUACUCGUACCAAACCAUGCAGUACCCAUUCCCUUGAUUGGUCUGCACAAGUGUCAAGUUAUCUGAUGCUGGUACAACUCUUAAUCCAGCAUGGUCAUGGAUGUCCAGAAAGACUUUUCGUUCUCAUGAAAUAGCCUGCUGCUCUUCUGAACCAAGCAGUUCUUGGCUGGUGUCGCUCGCAAGCACAGUGCUGGAUCCGACUGCAUUGGCUACUGCAUGCUCCCAACUGGUUGAGCUGAUCGCCAAGCUCGGCUUGUCUGCCGAGGAUGAAUAAGUACUUGGCGUGUAAAUCUUUGCUUUAUGUUAUCUGUGUGUAUUGGCUUCCUGCUUGGUUGCCCUCCUUUAAAAUGCCAUUAAUGUCAACUACUGUGGAUGUCAAGAAUAUUCGAACCAUUGUUAAUUAUUGCCAUAAUUGUUCUUUUGAUA